GGCACCACCACACAGGUGCACCAUCUCGCUUAUGGCGGUUGGCCUGACCAUACAGCACCAUCCUCUCCAUUACCGACUGUUGUUCUUCUGAAAUUAGCAAGAAUCCUUUCUGCCGGAAACCCGAUCACAGUUCACUGUUCCGCAGGUAUCGGAAGAUCAGCAACUUUUAUAGGAAUCGACUACGCUGUGCAAAAAAUUCUUCAAAAUCCAAAUACUUCGAUGAUAGAGGUGUUGAAAGAUUUAAGAAAUCAGCGUUUUCAUGCUAUACAAUCGGCUAUCCAGUACACAUUUUUACAUGUUUGCAUCAUUGAGGUCUUUAUCGAGGAUGGGGUUGUAAGUCGUGAAGGAAAUGUGCAAAAAUUUUUCGACGCAUAUAACCGUAUGCUAAAGAAAUACAGAAAAGUUUGUGAACCUGAAGUCGAAGUAAAAUCCAUGAUGAAG